CAAACGCUCCGAUCACAAUAAAAUAAUUUUAUUUUUUAUUGUAAGCGCAAAUGUGUACUUGAUGAACUGCCUGUAGCGAAGUCCAACUUGUGAUUGCGACUUACACUUUUAUCACGAAAAUGGCUGUCUCAAUUGCUGUUAUUGGGAAGGACAAUGCUCCACUGUAUAUGUGGGUUGCUCCAGGACGGGAUGAACUCAACCUCCAGUUUCUCUCCCACACUGCACUGGAUAUAAUCCAGGAGAAAGUAUCUCCUGCUAACAGAGCCCCAACAGACUCCAGGGAGCUCUAUCUUGGACUGCUUUAUGCUUCAGAAGAAUAUAAGAUAUUUGGCUACAUGACCAACACAAAAAUAAAGCUGGUAAUCAUCACUGAUGCUAGCAAUACAACCCUCAGAGACAAUGAGAUCAGAAUGAUGUUCCGCAGGCUUCAUAAUGCCUACACUUCUGCUGUGUGCAACCCUUUCUACAGUCCUGGAGAUCCCUUGAUUUCUAAGAAGUUCGAAGCGAGCGUUGGUGCUUUAGUUUCUGGAAACUGAGGUGCAACUCCCAUUUGAUACUCAAAGAAAAUGUUUGUGGUCUCAAGUCCCUAUGACCAUCGUGAAAUAGUUUUUUAAGCUUUAAUUAAUUGAAUUGUUUAAAUAUCGAAAUGCUGAUUUGCUCACGUAUCCAAUUUAUUGACUAGGUACCGUACUUAUUCUAUUUAUCACAAACCUAUAAUGUUUUUAAUAUUCUUCUACAAUUUGAACCAUUUUGCUGCACAUUCAUAUUUUGUGAGAAUAUAUGAGUGAAGUAAUUCUUCUGCAUUAUUAAUUGAUAACGUUUUCUAAUAUGUUUCAGUUUUUGAAUUGUUUACAUCGAACGUUCAUUUAUGUUAAUAGCAACUACUUUUUCAUGUCAUAUUGUGACUUAUUGAAAUAUGAUUACAUUGAAGCAUCAAGUUUUUAGAGUUUCGUUGUCGACUUCAUUCAAUAUUUUGAACUAAAGCUUGUCAUAUUUCCA